CAUUUUGGUCAUUUACAAAUGCAUGAGAAUAUGUCAAUUUUUAUAAUGGACGAAAAACUAGAGAGCGCAUUGAAGCCGAGACCUUCGCCGCGGUCCAUUCUGCUCCAUCACCAUGUGACCCUCUGCUCUCUCUCUCUUAUUUAAAAGAAAUAUAUUUAUUUUUUUUUUAAAUAUUUCACGGUUUACACCAUAUGAAUACACAAACACUAUUACCGAUCUACUUUUCUAUUGUGAAACCACAAAAAAAUAAUAUAUGUAUUUUAUGAGGGGUUGCAGAAGAAAAUAAUAUUCAAAACAAUUUUUACAUUAUUAUAACUCGGUCCAAACUGUGUCCUAUCCUUUUUUUCCAAUUGUUCGAACGCUUGUUCUUUAUUUUCAUUUUAAAAUUGGGUUCCUAAAACGAAACCCCAACAAACUCCAAUCCCUUUUACUUAUUUUUUACUUAAUCCCUAUACCAAGAACCGAAAGCCCUUCUACAACUACUGCUACUUCUACCAAUUUCUUAUUCUUCUUCUUGUUCUUGGUAUGAUUAUGAUGUCAUAGUUUCAAUCUUUUUAAAUGAGACAGUAAGAGAUGUUGGAGCAAAUAAAAAGACAAAAGAAUAACAACAGGGGUUUCUAUGUUAAAAUGAAACUCUUUCAUCACCACCAUAAACAUGGAAGAACACAAGAAAAGAUCAACUCUUGCUGUUUCUUCAGAUUCUACAAAUGGCUUCUAUGGCUUUCUUUGACCCUUUACUUCUUUAGCUCUUAUCUCAUCACAAACAACAAAAACACACCCUCUGAUAAUAGUAAUAUCAAUAUUAUUAACAAUAAACUCUCGUCUUUGUCAACAACCCAAGUCUUAUCUUCUUCCAAAUCUACCAUAGUCGCCUCUCGAGCGCUCAUAGAGCUUACCGAUAGCGAUUCACAUAAGCCUCAUAACUACAACAAUAACAGUGAGGUAUUGAGAGAUCUGAAGAUUUACGUUUACGAUUUGCCUCCGAAUUACAACGCGGACUGGCUCUCCAACGAACGCUGUAGCAACCACUUAUUCGCCUCUGAGGUCGCCAUCCACAGAGCUCUAUUGACCAGCGAUGUACGGACGUAUGACCCUUAUGAGGCGGACUUCUUCUUCGUCCCUGUUUACGUUUCUUGCAACUUCAGCACCGUUAAUGGCUUCCCGGCCAUUGGACAUGCCCGCUCUCUCAUUUAUUCCGCCAUAAACGCCAUCUCAUCCGAAUACUCCUUCUGGAAUCGCUCUGGAGGUUCUGACCACGUCUUCGUCGCCUCUCACGACUUCGGCUCGUGCUUUCACACCAUGGAGAACGUGGCGAUUGCGGAUGGAGUACCGUCGUUCUUAAAAAACUCCAUAAUUUUACAGACAUUUGGAGUGAAGAACAACCACCCUUGUCAAGACGUGGAGAAUGUGGUUAUUCCGCCGUUUGUUUCGCCGGAAAGUGUACGGAGAACACUAGAGAAAGCCCCGGCUAACGGCCGCCGCGACAUCUUUGCGUUUUUCAGAGGAAAAAUGGAGAUUAACCCCAAAAACGUUAGUGGGCGUUAUUACAGCAAAAAGGUAAGGACAGCGAUUUGGAGAAAAUUCGGUAAUGACCCGAGGUUUUACUUGCAAAGGCAACGUUUUGCCGGUUACCAGUCAGAAAUUGUACGGUCAGUGUUCUGCUUGUGUCCAUUGGGGUGGGCCCCGUGGAGCCCGAGGCUUGUGGAAUCGGUCGUAUUAGGUUGCGUGCCGGUCGUAAUCGCCGAUAAUAUUCGGCUUCCGUUCCCUGAGGCUGUCCGGUGGCCGGAGAUAUCAUUGACGGUGGCAGAAAAGGACGUGGGGAAGUUGGGAAGAAUUCUUGAACACGUGGCCGCGACCAAUAUCUCUACCAUACAGAAAAACCUCAUGGACCCCACGGUCAGGCGGGCCCUGCUAUUCAACACUCCUAUCGAACAAGGGGACGCCACGUGGCAAGUUCUAUCCGCUUUGGUGACCAAGCUUGACCGGUCCCAUCGUCGAAGUGUGGCUUCGUCCCAAUAAGGAUCCGCCACGUCACUGUUUAGUGGGCCUUUCUUUUGAAUUGGUAAUGGGAAAAGACUAUUGGCAGUGGAGAACAGCUGGAUUUUUAUUGGACUACUCGUUUUAAGUCAGGGCAAGACAGAAUUGUUUAUGGCAGGUUUGGGGGUACUGUGGGACCCAGCGGAGCAGCCAUUUAAAGAUUUUUCCUUUGGGUAAGAACAUGUGAGCCCUUGCUGAGUUGGCGCAAUCUGGUUGGCUCCUUUUGCGGUGUCUUCAUCGAAUAUUAAUCAUUGUAUAUCUAUAUAUAAACACACUUCUGUAACUUGUACAUGUGGUAGAACAGUUUUGGGCAACGGGUGGAAAUAAUUGAAUUUUUGUAGUAUACGAUACUCAUAUCGAAAUUAUUAUUGUUCAUAAUUUCAGCAAAGAAAGAUCAUAAAAUAAAUAAAUAAAAUCUUAUAUUAGAAGGUAA